GCCGUCCUGCUUUUCUUGAUCCUGAAGUGCAGGAAAUCCUUAGAAGUUUGAAGCAAAGAAUCUUGAGUCUUGAAGGAGUUCUUGCUUUGAAAGGAAUGAUACAUAAAGCAGGAAACAAAAUAUUUGUUACUAAUGAAAAAGUGGUUGAUUUUGAAACUACACUCCAAACAUGCAACUAUUCUGGGGGGUCUGUUGCAACACCCAAGAACGACAUGGAGAAUAAUGCUGUUUGGGAGAUUGUGAAAGAGAUAAAUAAAUAUGCUUACCUGGGAAUCAAGGAGAGCACUGUUCGAGGAGAAUUUGAGUAUUUGGAUGGGACAGCUAUGAAUUAUACCAACUGGCGUCGAUAUGAACCAAAUGGCAAGGGAAAAGAAAAUUGUGUUGAGAUGCACACCGAUGGAGGCUGGAAUGACAAAAAAUGUAACCAGUAUCGUCUUGUUGUCUGUGAAUUUUAAAUACAUUCUUCCAUUACAAAA